AAAUGCCUUUUUUUCACAUUCUGACUGCUGAUUUACUUUAAUAGUCGGUAUUUCAUAUUGUUCAUAUAUUUUAGGCUGCCCUUGAUUGUGCUAUUCAUUAUGCUUCACAAAGAUUAGCUUUUGGAAAUCCUAUACUUAGUAAACAAGCAAUACAGAUGAAACUGGCUGAUAUGGAAACAAGAUUAGAAGCUGCUCGUUUGCUGACAUGGAAAGCUACCAUGUUGAAAGAUGCUGGACAAAAUUACACAAAGGAAGCUGCAAUGGCUAAACUUACAGCUUCUGAGACUGCAACAUUUGUGGCUCAUCAGGCUAUUCAAAUCUUAGGUGGUAUGGGCUAUGUAACUGACAUGCCUGCUGAAAGGCAUUACAGAGAUGCAAGAAUAACAGAAAUUUAUGAAGGUACAAGUGAAAUUCAAAGGAUUGUUAUUGCAGGGAAUCUUACUAAAGAAUAUGGGCUCAACUAAUACUUUCCGAAUUAUAGAAAUGUAUUGAAAUUUAUAUUGCUUUAAGUGUACCUGAUUUUUUAUUAUUUUAAAUGAAAUAAUUAUACCCAAUUGUUUUAAAUAUACUUCACCUUUAUAGAUUUCACUAAAGCUCUGAUCAAUUUAUAUGCUAUUUUUAUAACAAUAAAAUAUGUUUUUUGCA